UCUCUUACUUACUAACAACAUUGUGGAGCUGCAUUCCAGCAUUGUUUUUUAGCUUUCUUGGCCCGGUUUCUCUUUACUCUCGUCAACUUUCUUAUCCCUCCCUCUCUUUUCCCUCUCCUUUGCUUUCUUAUAACUUUAAUUGUUUGUUUUUUUACUGUUCCCUGGCUAUUGUAUUCAUCCAUAUAUUAUACUGACAUCACCAUCAUCAUCAACACCAUCAUCAUAAUUAACAUCAACAUCUACAAUAAAAAAACCUCAACGACAAUAACUACCAACAAACAUUCCUAAUGUUAUCCUGUUGAUUAAAUAAAUCUGUAGUUUCAACUAUUACUAAACUUUUUUCAUCUUUUGCCUUUUCUCCUUCUCUUCUUCUCUCUCUCUCUCCUUCUUCUCCCUCUUCCGUUUCUUUUUCUUAGUAUUAUUGUUGUUGUAGCUGGUCGAGCUGCAACCUAAAGGAUCUGUGUAGGGAGACUUGUUAGCCGUCAUUUUUUCUCUUUCCACUUACAUAAAUAAAGUUCCAUAGACUUGGUUCAAGUUGGUUUCUUCAUCUUCCAUCUUCUUAUUUUUCUUCUUCUCCCACUUCUUGAUUUCUCUUUUUCACCAUUUAAGUUACCUUUUUUUCCUACCUCGCCACCAUCAUCAGAAACAGCAGCAAUAACAUCAUAUCACUGUGACAUUACCAGAGGAAUUUUUCUUACAAAAGUGUUUUCUUCUUUUUUCUCUACUGUUUAUUUUGUGCUUACCUUUGAUGUUUUAAUUUUUGUUGACUUCUGGAAAACUCAAAGUUGUUGUUUCUUUCAGACUUCAACUUUUUUUCCCUUUUGGUCCACUGUCAAACAUUUUUUUUGUGUUCAAAUUUUUUUAACCCAUUCAACAGAACAUGAAUUUGAAGACAAUCUUGAGAAAUUUUCUCAAUCAUUUUGAAACGUUGGAAGAGAGACGUAAAUGUCCCAAUGAUGAUGAUGAUUUAUAUGCUGUUGAAUUUCAAUCUCUUAAAGAGUUGACUGAAUCUCUAAAAAGAGACAACUUUUAUGCUUGUAAACAUGGCUUAAAGGACGUCAAUAGAAGGAAAAAUCGGUACAAAGAUAUUCUGCCAUAUGAUUAUAGCAGAGUAAUAUUAAGUGAAUAUCCCGGUGUCCCUGGAUCAGAUUAUAUAAAUGCCAACUUCGUCCGUGGAUCAACUGGCUCAGCAUGUGCUUAUGUUGCUUCACAAGGACCACUUCCAAAUACUGUUGUUGAUUUUUGGCGGAUGAUUUGGGAAUGUGAAAUUAGGGUCAUUGUCAUGGCUUGCAAUGAAACCGAAUCAGGAAAAUAUAAAUGUGAAAUGUACUGGCCUUUGGUUAGUGAUCAAGAACAACAAUAUGGCAAUAUAACUGCUCAACAAAUUGAUUGGAGACAAGUUUGUCCAGACUUUCUUGUUCGUACAUUUAGGGUUACAUGCGACAAUAAAGAACGAAUUGUUUGUCAAUUUCAUUAUACAACCUGGCCUGAUCAUGGAGUUCCCACAACAGUCGGACCAAUUUUAGAGCUUGUUCGGUUGAUGAGAGAUGUCCAAGCAACCGAAGCAACCCCCAUUCUUGUUCAUUGUAGUGCAGGUUGUGGUCGAACGGGCACAAUUUGUAGUAUAGAUUAUGUUUGGGCUCUUCUUCGUACGGGAAAAUUGAAAGAAGAUUUCAGUUUAUAUAAAAUUAUCCAUGAAAUGAGGAGGCAAAGAAUUGCAAUGGUCCAAACCCAAGAACAAUACAUACUCUGCUAUAGAGCAGUUGCUGCUCUUUUUGAGCAACAAUUGAAAGUAAUAGAUGCCCAUACUUAUGAAAACUUAGAUGAAGACGGUGAACCCUAUCACAAAUUUGCUGAGGAAGAAAAUUCAGCUACAGCGAAUUCCAGUUCUGAUGAAGAAAGCUCGUCAGGUAUCAGUGAAGCGGAAAUUCAUUAUCGAGUUCAAAGGAGUGCCACUUUUCCAAGUAAAGAUAUGAAACAAUUGGUUGACUCUUGGAAGAGUAAAAAAAUGACAACCACUCCAUCCACAGAACUUCCUUUACACCCUUCAGAUUCCAUGAUGUACAAUGAAAAUCAAAGUAGCAACGAUAACAAACAGGAAAAGUUGAUUGGAAAGGCAACAGUCAUACGCCGACCAAGUAUUGCCAAGUUUAAGGCAAUGUUUGGUUCAAUGGAGUUGGCCCAUCAUCAACUGCGCUCUCAUCAUUCUCAAUCUCAUCCUCAUCAUCUUCAUAACCCUUCUCACCUACGUUCUUUGGAGCGUCUUCGAUUCAACGAAACAGCGUCAACUAACGGCAACAAUAACAACAAUAAUAACAGUAAUAGUAACUACUGUCAAAAUAAUUUCACCUCUCGCUUUCAAGAUUCUGAUUGUGCAGAUUCAGUUGCUACAUCUGAUCAAGAAGGUGAACCGGAUUGUGAACCGCCAUCUUGUUAUCAAAUAAAUGCCAAUCCUUUGUGUGAACCUAAAAAACCUUUCACCUAUUUGACUCCUGACCAAUUGAAAGCUUUCACAGCUCGCCCACCUUGUUCUCCUUCACCGCCACCACCUCCUACACUAAUUGGAGACUCCAAAAAUCAUGAAUCAAACUCUCCUGAUGAUGAAAUCGAUGGUCAACCAACUUAUGAAUCUCCUGCAGAUAUUUUGCGACAUCAACAUCCCUCUCAUACAAUGUUACAACGUUCAUUAGAUGAUGGAAUGAUCAAUGUUUUUAAUAAACACCGUUCAAGUUUGAUGAGAGAUGAAAUGCCUCCUCCUCCUAAGCCACCACGAACAUAUCAAUAUGGAACCAAAGGAAAUACCAUUUUUCUAAUGAACGGUCGAACGCUCACAAGUCCAAUGAACUCCAAUAAUAGUGGUCGUAUCAUUGUUUCAGUUGCUCAAAGAGUAAGACCAAGAAUUCAUAUCCCUGACGAAGAUAGAACUAAAUUUGCGGAUUCUAAAAGUCAUAAUGAUCUCUAUUCGGCUUCCACAUAUUCAAAUCUUCCAGCAUUUUCGUAUUUACAAUCACAACCACCACCACUUCCUCCACUACCAACUCAACUUUCUCAAUUGAACCAGUAUUACAGUUAUCCAUCUUCAGGGAAUCAUCAAUUAGAUAAAUCAAGCCAGGAGGGUCACAAUCAACCGAUCUAUGAACGAUUGAAACAUAAUAGUGGUCUCCAAGCAUCCAUUAAUGGACACGAUCUGCCAAAUAGAUCACUAUUUCGUCCACCAAUACCUCGAAUGCCUUUACCUCAAUCUAAUAAAAUGUUUAGUCGUGGAGGGCCUCCGCCUCCUUUCAUAACAGCACCUCGAAAUCUUGAGCCCAAUCGUUUUGGUAAUUUAACAGUUCGUCGAGAACCAGCCAGACAAACCAUUUUAAAUCAUCAAAAUAGUCCAAUGCAACUUCGCAAUCAUGGAGUAUUUCCUGGGUUGAAUAGCCAUUCUAUGAAUCAUAAUGUUGCUGCGCGUCCACGUUCGCCAAACCAAUUACCAGACUGUAAUGAAACCAAGAGUAAUAAUGAAUCCGUGUUUCAAGCACAAAAUAAAAUCAAUUUAAUGAAUAGUAACCAGAUGAAAUCAAAUGGUAAACACAAUGCCAGCUGUAUUCCUCGAAGUGGUAUUCCAGUUGCAGCUACUCCUACCCCAGGAAUCGCCAAAGUGAAUGAUAAAAGUCAUGAGAUUGUUAGGACGAACGACAAGAAAAAAGCGACCAAAACAAACAGUAAAAGUGAUUUAAAGGCUGUCAAAGACACAAAUCCAGGCAACCAUGAAACCAAGAAACAUUCAUUUUCUUUUAGCAGUACAUUUUUCCCAUUUCGUAAGACAACAAAAGCUAAAGGUACAACUAGUCCUAGCCAACAAUCAGUUCCGCAAUCUAAUCCACAAGGUAAUCCUAGCAUAAGGCCACCUCAUUCUCAUCGAUUCUCACCUCCAACUCAAUGGACUCAAGUUUGAUUUUUGGAAAGACGGUAGAUGAAGACAAAUUAGUAAAUUUAAAGCAAUUGAAUCGUAUAUCUUAUAUCGUGCAAUAAACUGCCUGAUUCAGUCUUACUGAUUGAGUGACUCCGGGGCUAAUUGUGCAACACAUUAAAUCUGUGUUGUGAAUCUCAAUUUUGAGGCUGGGCCUCAUAUUUUUUCAUUUUAUUUCUAGAAAUAAAUAUUCUUUUUUUGUCAUUCCACUUUCUUGGUCACAGACCAAUGAUGGCUCAUGUUAGAUUUUUAAGAUUAAAUACUUAUAAAUUGAAUUGAAAAAUUUU